AAAGAAUUGUCCAAAGUCCCUGUACUGUAAUACAGGGAGUCAAACUCAUGAAUCCCAUCCUGUUUAGCUCACUUAGCAUGCUUUUAUGAGUGAGGAGUUUGGCCAGCCAAUGGUUUGUCUGUAUUAUGUAGGUUCUGUCAUGGUUGGAGAAGAAUGUCAAAGUUGUUAUAGAAAGAGUGAGCAAUGGGGACCCUCUUGUCAAGCAGUGCUCUGAAAAGAGACUGAGGUGCUAUGUUGGUACUCCAAAAAACAUUUAUCGUCAUGUUGUCCUCUCAGACCUCGAAUCAGUGAGCACUUCACUGCCACAAGAAAUUACAAGAACCUCAAUAAUGAUGUAUGACCCCCUACCACCCGAGGACAGCACUCGGGGCUACAAGUGUCCUUCAAAAAAGAGAUGUAAUCCGUUAGAAAAUGAUGAGAGUCAUCCGUUGGCAUUAUUUUUAAGAUCUUUAUUACCAAGUUUUAACAUGGAGGCCCCAGCUCCAAGACAGAGAGUUGCUGGUAUACCUGAACAAGAGGCUGAGGAAGUACCAGCAGGAGGAGCUAUUGGAGGUGGUGCAGGUAGAGAAAGACUUGAAGAAGCCAUUGGACAAUUGACAGACUCAGUUAGGACACUCCUGGAGACUAUCAGACUUGCUAUUAACAGAGAGGGAGGAGGAGAGAGUGAUCAAGAGAAUAGUGACAAUGAUAUCGAUUGAUUGAUUUAUAAUA